AGUGUUGGUUGUCCUUCUUCUCCCAUUCACAGCACACCAGAGCUUGCUUCUACAUAAAUAUCCAGCUCAUGAGAUUCCCCCCUCAGCCACUCAUCAAGAAGAAGAAACCACAUCCCUAGGAAUCCUUGACAAAAAACUUGUACCCAUGCCACCACCAAACCAACAACAGCAGCAACAGCAACAGCAGCAACGAUCGAAUAACAGCAAUCGGAGAACAACCAUCACUCACCUCCUAUUCACUUCCAUCCUCAUCCUAUCCAUCCCACUCCUCACCAGCUCACACCAACACAACAACAACAACAACAACCAUCUCGGCUUAUCAACCACCACCUCAACAGCACUCCUACCCACAAAAACCAUCCAGCCCCAACUCAACCACUUCAACCACCAUCCUCCCAAGCCAUUGCCCAGUACCAGACCCACCCCACUCUCUCAAGAUGACUAUCACAACCAAUUGGUCCUCCAGAAACGCUGGUCAGGCUAUACCACUAUGACCGUCUUCGUCAACACCGUCACCGUCAACCUAGGCGCGCCUCCCGUCGUCACUGUCACCGUCAACCCGGCCGAUCCUAAUCCGAAUCCGGCCACCGUCACCGUCACCGUUGGCGCAUACACCCAGACGAUCAACCAGCAGAACGCAAUGGCCCCGCAGCCGACGUCUACACAAACGGUAUUCCUGACUGGUGCGCCUCAACCGACGACGAUCAGAUCGACCUCAUUGCUCACGAUCAAUGGCGCCACCCCGACCACCUCGACGGUCUAUAUGAGCAGUCCCGUCCCCACCGCUUCCGCCGUGCCCUGGUUCGGUGGCCAUGGAACUACCGACGGCUUGCCCGCCGACAGGGCCUGCUAUCCCGGCGAAGAAAACCAACGCGUCCCCGGCCAUCUUACGCCUACUAGUCCCACCCAAACUUCGACCCUCUUUGCCAUCGCGUUGUAUUUUGUGAUCAUCCUGGUCUGUUGGAAUUUAUUCAUCAUCCGACACGUGUUGUUCCCGUUCAAGCUAGUCGUGGUCGCGUGGCACGAGUUCGGCCAUGUGGUAGCGUCGUCCUGUUCGGGCUGUAAGCUGGACAGUGUGACCAUCGAUCCCAAUGAGGGCGGGGCUACUCGCAUGGAGGCUAAUGUCUAUCCCGCACUCUCGUUGCCCUUGGGAUACAUCUCCUCGUGUCUGUUCGGAGGUCUUUUGGUAUUCUGUGGCUUCAAUACGUUGGCAUCCAAGAUCGCAAGCUUCUUCUUGAUGAUGUCAUUGAUCGUCGCGUUUUGGUGGGCGACUGGACUGGUGACGAGGCUGAUGACCCUACUUUCGAUCGGUCUUUUGAUCGGCUUUUGGUUCAUCGAUCAUGCCGGCGUUCUCCGUUACUUUAUCCUCUUCGUUGGGGUCAUGAGUUCCUGGUACAUCAUCUACGACGUCAUGGAUGACUUCGUCUUUAGGAAGAUGAAUCCAAGCUGCCCCCUCCUCUUUGAAGCCCGAUUUCCGAUGAUCACUGCCGGUCAAUGGGCCCUUAUUUGGACGGUUUAUUCCGGGAUUAGCUUCGCUGCAUGGAUCAUCCUUGCUAUCGUUGUGUGGCGCCAAACUCCUCGCGGGAUGUUUUGUCAAAGCCAGCAGUUCUUGCCCACUUGAGGACUCGAUCAACUUCUUCCCCUCCCAAGCGCAUUAUAUCAUCCGCCCAAGUUUUGAAGAUACCACCCUCAUCCUGCUCAUCAUACCAGCCCGAUCCCAAUCGUUCUCGUCGUCUCGCCAUAUCACCAUCCUCAUCAUCACUAUCCCCACCAUCUCCGUCACCUUAUCGUUCUCGUCAUCAUGAAUAUCAAUAUAUCAACAUCAGUAUCAUCCCUAUCAUCACCACCAUAUCACAUCUUUCCUUCUCAUUUUUCUUCUUCACCAUUCAUGACGCAAAAAAACCAAAACUGAACAAAACUUGACGAAGAUCACUAUCUUGAUACAGAAAAGCAGUGUGGUUGUUUAUGUGUAGUAAUUGAGUAUUGACGAACACUCACCAUCUUGUAUUAUUCUUCACCCCUUGUUUGCAUUUGCUUUGCUUGCAUAUAUACAGAUAUCUGAUUUAUUCAUCUAUCAUCGUCAUCAUCAUUCAUCUUCCGCGCGCUUUGGAUCGGUGGUUUUUGGGUGCUCGAUCUGGACUGAGGCCUUAUUUAUUAUCCUUGCCUAUCAAUCGUCCAUAACACGUAUAUUUUGCUCGAUCGUUUAUCUGGAGACUACAUUCAUAGAUACAAAUGACCCAUCUUCGCAUCCACUGAAAUCUUACCAACCCAUUCCUACAUCGUGACUACAUGCCCUCGUCCCCCUCCCCUCCCCAUGAUCUCUUUACCUCUCUUCUUCUUCUUCUUCUUCUUCUUC